AUGCCAGAAUCACCAACAGAAAUCAAAAUAACUCAAGGAAAGAAAUAUCAAAAAGAAACAAGGAUUCAGAUUCUAGAUAUAACAACUGGAAGCUCAAUUAUUAGAAAUCAAGAAGAAACUAAACUUAAAACACAAUUGGAGGAGGUGCAAUUGAAAGAACAACCUAGGUUAGCAAAAGAAAGAGAAAAACAAGAAAGAGCAACUGCAAAAGUCGAAGCAAUGGUAGCAGCAGCAAGAACUGAGACGUCUUCUACCAGUACAUCUACAGCUUCUGAAACAGCAAAACGGCAAGGUUCUUCUGGUUACCCUAAAAGGAAGAAGUUAAAUGACGAAACAGAAGAAAUGGGUAUGGAAGAAAUAAUCACUGAAGGUGAAAAUUCCCACAAAGAUACACAAAUAAUGUUCAGCUCACCCAAAUCACCAUUAUCACCGUCGGGUAUAUCUAAUGACCCUCAAAUAAAACAAUCGCCGACCUCACCAAUUAAUGAAAAUGUAGACGAAAAGGUGAUGCAAGAUAUUUUAGAAGAUAAUAAUAAUUCACAAAAUAUUGAUUUAUCAAGUUUAAACAUAAGAUUACCACAAAGGAUCAUAGAAAUAUUGGAUAGCAAAACUAAAGAAGAACGACAACAAACUAUAGAACAUAUAUAUAAAGUAUUGGAGAAAGCAAAUAUGCUUGAUGAGCAAAACAGGGAGUUAAUUAUUUAUUUCUUAGCUGAUCUACAUAAUGAAGUAAAAGGUCAAUUAAUAAAUAUUUCGGAUGGAAUUUCUGGUCCUGAUGAUGAUACAAGGAGGUUGGAUUUGAAUGUGGAAAGGAUUACUCGUUAUGAUGAAGGAAAAGAAAUCCAUGAAAUAUUUAUUUUCGAGAUGAAUUUAGCUGAUGGUACGUGGAGAAAACUUAAGAAAACAAAGACUAAAUUAGUAAAAAAUAAAAUCAUGUAUAAUUUGAUUACAUCACAUAUGAUCAAACAUUACAAAUUUGAUAAGCAAAAGAAACUUAGACUUGAAAAAUCGCUUAAAACUUAUUCAUUAAGAUUUAUUGUGUCAUAUUUCCGUACUACUUCUUCUUCUUCACUGUACCAACCAUUACCACCUUUGCCAACAAAUAUGUCAAAUCAUCAUUCUUCCACCACUUCUUCUUCAUAUUCCACUAUUAUGGCCUCACCAUACACACGUGCCAUGUCGAACUAUCCAUUAAAUUCAACAGCAACUGCCUUUGCUUCUGGCUCUAGUACACGAUCUGCUUAUACUUAUUCUCAGACUGCAUCUUCAGACAUAAAUUCAUAUAAAGAUAUUCACAAAAAUAAGCAAUCUAAAUCAAUACCUGUAAAACCAAAACUUCCUAACUACUUGGUUGAGACAAGUUUUGCUGAUUUGUAUAAUGAAGCUGAACCUGAGGCAUUUGCUAAUAACGAUUCUGAUAAACUUUCUUUUGAGGCUCUCGCUUUGCCUACAGCUUGGAAUGUUGAAGAUAAAUGUAAUCAUUUGAACGUGGAAGAAAAUAAACUUAAAGUAAAUUAUACAGGUAAGAUACUCUAA